AGGGCGGCGAGCAAACGAGCGAGAGAGAGUGAUGGGAGUGGAGGCGCUGGGGGCGUACAGGGCGCUGCUGCGGGCGACGCGGAAGACGUUCGCCGGCGACACGUUGAUGCUGUCGGAGUCGGCGGUGGAGAUUCGGCGGAGGUUCGAGGAGAACCGCGGCGUGACGGCGGAGGCCGAGGUCAAGCGCCUCCUCGACGAGGCCCGCGAGGCCUCCCACUUCAUCACCCACAUGAUCGUCCAAGCCCAGCGCAGCCCCACUACCGGCGGCUUCGUUGUGAAGCCUGGUAAAGAACAUGCUGGAGCAACACUAGAGAUUCCAUCUGACGAGAGUCUGUCUAAGUCAACAUGAGCAAAAUUGAGCUCAUUACAAUGUCAAAGGUAAUCAGCCAGCAACAUCGCAGGUUAAACAUCAGAUAAGUUUGAUUUAUUGAAUAGGUGUUUCCUCUGAAUUAUGUUUAGUCAAGGAAGUUACUAGGAACAUUUUUCCUUGUACUUGAACAUUGCAAUUAUCUUCAACUGUUCUUCUAGCGGAAAAUGAGGAUAGAAGGAGGUCUAAUUUCCUGUGUGGACUAAUAUUUCAUUGUAAAAUGUAGAAGUUCGGGGAGAAGAAUCUUAUGAUGGUUUCUCUAUUUUCUGAGGUGUUCUUCGGGAA